GCAUAUAUUUCGUUUAAAGGGAAACCGUCAUUUAAAGUUUAAAUCCGUUCACCGUCAGCCGUUGUCAGGUUGUCAGAUAUUGCAUUACGUUAUGUCUGUAAAAGUAUAUUAAAUAAAAUAUAAGAAGAAAUGAAAAAAACAAGAACAAAUUUGAAAGCUGGAAAUCCAUCCAACGAUACGAAAAAUACUGGAACACAAACUGCAGGUUUUGAUAGUUUUACUGAGAUUAUCAAGUUACAAGAACAAGUGAAACAAUUACAACUUCAAUAUGAUGUUCUACAGCAAUACAUGGAAAUGUCUAAAAAAUGUGACAUUACUACACAAUAUAGACAACUUUACACAGAAGAAACAUCGGAAAGUAUUGUUGAAAGACAUAGUUGUUCCUGUAAAGGAAAUUGCUCAUCACGAGCGUGUGGCUGUAUGAAAAAAGCCAUGAAAUGCAGUUCUAUAUGUAAAUGUAAUGACAAGAUAUGUAAAAAUCAGGAGAAAUCAGAAUGUGAUGGAAAUAAGGAAAAUAUUAACAAGAAUGAUAUGGAGAUCCCUAAGAAGCAAAAUGAUACUACAGAAAUAACUAAAAACUUUAGGAGUUUGUUUAGCCCAAAUAUGUCUGAAACCUAUAAAAAUGAUGACAAAUAUAAAAAGUCAUAUAAAGAUCUUGAGGAAACACAAAUUGAUGAUAUAUAUUUUAAUAACAUGAAAGAUAUGGAAAACUUACAAAGAGACAAAACUUCAAAUGUUACAAAUAAUGUAACAUCCAGGAAACAAAAAAAGAAUAAGCAACAACAAUCAGCAACAAAAAUAGACACAACAAAUGAUACAGAAAUAACACCUAAUUGUAUGUUUUCCAAAAACAAUGAAAAUGUUACGAUAAUGUUUGAUCCAAUGAAACCAAAACAUCAACUGUCACGCACACCACCAAACAGUAAAAAAUCAGCAGAUAAAUCAUUAGAAAUCAAUAACAUAACUGAGCGCCAAUCACAUCAUGAGCCACAUAAUGAUACAUUUGUACCAUCUAUUCAAGAUAUAGAAGAAGAAAAGAUUGAUUGGCAACAGCACACUGCACAACUUAUUCCUUGCAAAAAGUGCAAGAGGACAUUUAUGCCACAUCGGAUUCAGAAACAUGAGGCAUGCUGUAAACGGAUUUAAAAGAAUAUAUUAUAAAAGAA